AUGGCCGGCGAGUUUGUCGCGCUCAUGGGUCCGUCCGGCGCCGGCAAGUCGUCGCUCCUCGACAUGGGUCGACGUCGGGACGAUAUCUUUUACGCAACGCUCACGGUCGAAGAGCACGUUUUCUUCCAAGCCGAGCUCCGCAUGGGCAAGCACUUUUUAAGUUUCGCGACGGAGAUUCUGACCAACCCAUCGCUCCUCUUUGCGGACGAGCCGACCUCGGGUCUUGAUUCGGUCAUGGCCGAGUCGGUCGUUCUGCAGCUCCAAAAGCUCGCGCGCGAAGGUCGUACAGUCAUUGCGACGAUCCACCAGCCGUCGUCCGAGCUCUACCCACUCUUUGACAUCCUCUACUCGGCGUCGAAGCUCCAGUUGGCCGACACGAAAUUCGACCUCGAUGGCAUGCUCGGGGCGACGAACGACAGUGCGACGUACGAAGCAACGCACCUCGGGCUCGCCGGUCAGCUCCGCGUGCUCUGCAAGCGCAACGUGACGCGGCUCGUUCGCGACAAGAUCGCGUUCGGUGCGCGCGUUGGGCAGACCAUUUUUACGUCGGUCUUUGCGAGCCUCAUCUUUUGGCAGCUUCAGCUCUCGCAAACCAGCGUCCAGUCGUUCACAGGCGCGCUCUUCUUCGUCUCGACCAACCAAAUGUUUGGCGCCGCGACGCCCGAAUUCGUCGCGGUGCCCACGGAGCUCCCGCUCAUGCAGCGCGAGUACGACUCGGGCAUGUACCACGCGUGGGUGUGGUACCUCGCCAAGAACGUUAGCGAGCUCGCAUUCCAAAUCGUUUUCCAGUUGCCCUUUGUCAGUCUACUUGAUGGUCGGCUUUGGCGCCUCGAAUGCGACACUCUCUUCUCCAUGUACGUGUUCAUCGCGCUCAUCACGAGCGUCGCGACGGCGCUCGGCUACAUGGUGUCAUGCGUCGACAAGAAUGCGGACGUUGCCAACAUCCUCGGCAUCCUGCUCUUGCUGCCGUGUGUCAUUUUUGGCAGCCUCUUCCUCAACUCGGACGACAUUCCCGUCUACUUUAAAUGGGCCGAAUUCCUCAUGCCACUCAAGUACGGUUUCGUGGCAUGAGCCGUGCUUUCUGAAAC